GGCCGUUCUUAUGUUCUUAACAUUCUGUUACCACGACCUCAUUCCUGUUAUAGUAGAUCAUAGAUUCUUAGUGUCUGACAGAGUGAAUAGCUGCCAUGUAACUAUACCAAUAGCCAUCAUUACUACUUAGAGAAUGAGAUUGUUCUGGUCUUCUGCCAUCAAUCAGCUUAUUCAUUAUUAUUUUUUAACUGCUUCCAGGCUACAACCUGGAACUGUUGGACCACUAUGCCCCCUUAACUCUCCUCCCUGGGCUGACUCUUACAAUGCCGUUGUAGUGACAAAUAGCAAACCUCUUCAGGGGCUGUGAUCACUGAGCCAACAACAUGCAGAGACAUACCCAGCUAAAUUGUAUGAAGCUCUCGAACCUACUCAUGAACUAUACAGAAAGGGAGACACCAGCUAAUCCCUCAGGUCCCAAGUCUUGUACCCCAGAAAUGUACUGUCUUACACUGCUCGAGACCUUCUCUUGAACAAUGCAAACUCUUUAAUUAGUUCACCAUUUCGUCGAAGGAUAGUGGAUGUGCCCUAGCUUUUGUAAUCUGAGCAGAUUCUCCAGGCACUUCAAACAAAUUCACUGUGGUUUACCUCUAAUGAUUAUCAUCCACAAGUCCUGGUGUGGAGCUUGCAAAGCUUUAAAGCCAAAGUUUGCUGAAUCCAAGGAGAUCUCCGAACUUGCCCAUAAUUUUAUUAUGGUAAACCUUGAGGAUGAAGAAGAGCCAAAGGAUGAAGCUUUUAGCCCUGAUGGUGGUUAUAUUCCCAGAAUCCUUUUCAUGGAUCCCAGUGGGAAGGUCCAUCCAGAGAUUAUAAAUGAGAAAGGAAACCCAAGCUACAAGUAUUUCUACAUCAAUGCUGAUCAAGUUGUCCAAGGAAUGAAGGAAGCCCAAGAGAAGCUGACAGGAGGUGCUUUCAAACAAAAACAUCUUGGCGAUGAAUUAUAAUAUAUAUAUUGAACAUUCCUUUUCCAUCACCCUGAAGCUCUGAAAGGAUAAAUGAUUUUUUUUGUUUUAAUCCAUUAAACAUACCAAGAAAUGUAGUUGCACUGGAAAGACGUAAUUCUCCUCUCAAUAACUUGGAAGGUUAAACACUAUCUGAUUUUUCACACACCUCCAUCAAAUACAGUGUUAUCUUCUCCCUGUCUAGAGUACACGUUAGUGCUUAUUUACAGCUGAUGUACAUGCAUACACAACCUCAUCUUGAAUGGACACAUCAGAUCUGUCCACAUAAACAAUGACCACUUGUAUCCAGAGGCCUAGAUCUUACCCUCUUCUUAAGAGCAAUGAUUUUUACAUUUUCAGAUAGCCAGCACUUGGUCUCCAAUCAGUGCUUGCUCCCCUACGUUUGACUGACAUGAAGUCAUCCCUUUGAUUUCAGUGGGGAUACUCAUGAGUAGGAGAUGUGACUCAAGCCUGCUGUAUUCUGAAAAGCCAAAAAAAAAUCAAACCAAUAAUUCUGCCAUGAACACUUAAAACAAAUAGAGUUAUUUUGAUUAAUAUCUAGUAGCAUGUGGAAUAGUCACUCUGAACAUUCUUUUUCUUGUAGGAACUCUUUGUGACUUGACUUUAUUUGCAUUCAGGUUGAAACUCCACCUAUCUAUUGUAUGUUCAUCUUUCAACUGUUAUAUUAAGAGAAGAUAGCUUAUAUUGAAGCAUUAUGGGGUUCUCCCCCGUUUUUGCGGAAUGUUUUUGGAGAAUGUCUUGCCAUCACAUUGUACUGUAUUUUUGUACUAUGGUGAAAAAUAAAAAUGAAAACUUUUUAAGAAUAAA